GGCCUAUAAAAUGCGAGUUCUACUUGUAAUUCCCAACCAAAAAGCGAAAAAAAAAUCCUAGAAUUUCAAACAAAAAAAUGGAUUUGGCUAGAAAUAUUGGUGAUCAUACUGGUGAGCUUUUUCAAACACAAGCUCACAUAUGGAACCAUAUAUUCAACUUCAUAAAUUCUAUGUCCGUCAAAUGUGCAAUUCAAUUAGGCAUUCCAGACGUUAUUCACAAACAUGGCCAGCCGAUGACCCUUGAUCAAUUGAUUGAUGCUCUUCCCAUCAAGAAUGCAAAAGCCCCUUUCGUUUAUCGUCUCAUGCAGAUUUUGAUCCACUCAGGCUUCUUCAUUGAAGCAAAGAUUCCUGGAAAUGAGAAUGAUAAUCAAAAGGGUUAUCUGCUUACUUCUUCUUCUGAACUCCUUUUAAAGAGUAACCCUUUUAGCAUGACGCCGCUUUUACUGGUCACGCUCGAUCCCACCUUGACUGAUCCAUGGCACCAUCUCAGCCAGUGGUUUCAGAACAGUGAUGAAACCCCAUUUUAUACUUGCCAUGGGAGCUCGCUUUAUGAUCUUGCAAGCCAUGAGCCGCGGCUUAAUCAAUUCUUUAACGAAGCAAUGGCUAGUGAUACCCGGCUGGUUAGUAGCGUGGUGACCAAAAAUUGUAAGCAUGUUUUUGAGGGUUUGAAUUCAUUGGUAGAUGUUGGAGGUGGAACUGGAACCUUUGCUAAGGCAAUUGCUGAUGCUUUCCCUCGCCUGAAAUGCACUGUGCUUGAUCUUCCUCAUGUUGUUGAUGGCUUGGAGAGUAGUAAGAACUUGGCCUAUGUUGGAGGUAACAUGUUUGAAGCCAUUCCUCCUGCAGAUGCUGUUUUAAUGAAGUGGAUAUUGAUUGAUUGGAGCGAUGAUGAGUGUGUACAAAUACUAAAAAAAUGUAAAGAAGCAAUUCCUAGCAAGGAAAAAGGAGGCAAAGUGAUAAUUGUUGAAAUGUUCUGCAAAAGUCUGCAGAAAGGGGAUGAUGAUCAUGAGGCGAUUGAGACCCAACUGUUCUUUGAUAUGGCAGUGAUGGUUCUACUCAAAGGAAGGCAAAGAAAUGAGAAAGAUUGGGCGAAACUUUUCACGGAGGCAGGCUUCAGUGACUAUAAGAUAACUGCAGUAUUGGGAUUGAGAUCUAUCAUUGAGGUUUAUUAUUAUUAAUUAAUAUGCUUUUUGAAAAUGUUGUUUG